UUCUAAGUCUUUUUAGUGUAUCCAACUAUUUCAAAAGAUACGUGCCGUUACCAAUAUAUAUCUCUGGUAUUAUUUCUCAAAAAAUUGAACUUGACUAAUAAUCACAACAGGUUUGUUCAAUAAUAGCAAUAUGAGUGUUAACCCCACUUCAUCGAAUGAUGGGGGUCAAGCAAGUGUUGUGCCCAGAGAUGUGAGACUUUUACAUUUGAUAUUUGCCACGCAAGGUAUUCAAAAUUAUCAAGAUCAUGUACCACUUCAAUUAAUGGAUUUUGCACAUAGAUAUACCACUGGUGUAUUGAAAGAUGCCUUAACAUAUAACGAUCAUUCCAAGUCGACUUCAUCCGGUAUUUCUUCAAGCUCUAAUAGUACAGUUAAUACUGAUGAUAUUCGUCUUGCAAUUGCUGCUAGAACCAAUUAUCAAUUCAAACCAACUCCACCAAAGGAAUUAUUAUUAGAAUUAGCACAAGAAAGAAAUUCUAAACCUUUGCCACCUGUCAUUCCUAAAUGGGGGUUAAAUUUACCGCCAGAAAAGUAUUGUUUGACUGGUAAAGAUUGGGAUUCAAUAGAUGAUGAAGAUAAGGAUAAUGUAAAUUCCAAGAAACAAAGAUUCAAUUAGAAGUAGUUUCAAUUAUGAUUAUGAUGAAUGGGAUUAUUUUAUACAUCCCAUUAACAGAAUGUUAUCCCCUUAUGUACAAUAGAUAUGUUAUGAUAAAAUGAACAAUAAC